AUUAUUCUGAAGCACCUACAUUACAGUUUCCUUCAAUAGCGGCAAAAUAUUUUGUAUUUGUGCGUUAUUUGGCGCGAUUAAAUAAGUGUUUCUCAUCUAUGUGAAACCCAGAGAAUCGUGUAACUUUAUUUCCUUUCCUAUCAUUAACUUUAUAGGCUAUAUUUCUUUUACUUUGGAGUGUUCAAUACGCAUGGUUUAUCCAAAUUAGUGUUGUACGUGUCAAUCUAAAUAUGCCUAAAGAAAAGAAGUCGUUAUAUACCCGAAAAUACCGAGUUGCUUGGGAAUCCGAUGCUGAACUUAAAGGAUGGAUUGGUCCUGUAUUAGCAGAUGAGACAAAGUCGCUUUGUAAGAUAUGUAAAUGUACUUUAGCUGCACAUAAAAAAGACUUACUGCUUCACGGUAAAAAUAGUAAAUAUUCAUUGAUUAUAGAUGAGCACUGCAGUCGAUUCCACAAAAAUGCUAUGCGUUAUGAUAAAUAUUUUAGUAAAAAGCAAACUAAGAUUGUUACGACUUUCUACAAACUUAUCGAAAUUGAAAAGGGAGAUGCCAUAACUAUCUCGGCUGCGGUGACAAAACAACUGGAGCUAGACGGUUUAAAAUUAGGCAAUCUAAUAGGAAUCGGUGUUGAUGGAGCCAAUGUUAUGAGCUGUCCAGUAUGGUACAAGGAUAAUAAGGAUAAUCUAGUAGCCAGUUGUGGAGAGCAUAGUGAGAGAUCUAUAGCAGAGGAUCCAGCUGUUCUGAUAUCGAAGUGCGUAGGAGAUCCUGAGUUCAAUAGAACUAAGUUCGAUGAAUCAAUGUAUUCCUUAUAG